ACAGUCGGCAUUCUAACCUCGUUAAAUUUAUGUCGGUAGGCUAAUUACAUAAACAUACUCGAUUGCUUUAAAAUAAAUUGUGCGAUGGUCAGGAAAUAUAUAAAGAAAAGUCGGAGAAGAAUGUGGUCAACGGAAGCUAUGAAAAUGGCAAUCGAAGCCGUUAUAAAGCAAGGACUCAGCAUUAAAAAAGCUUCGAUCGAGAAUGAAGUACCUCAGGCAACAUUAUCGAGAAAGAUUCAUCAAUGUCGGUGUGAUCCUGAUAAAAGUAUCGAUUUAGUUAUGCAUCCAAAAGCAUCAAAUUUUCAAACGGUAUUUACCAAAGAGCAAGAGUUAAUUUUGUGCCAAUAUAUUAAUAUGUUAGAGGAUCAAUUGGUUGGAUUAACUACAAUAGAUAUAAGGCGUUUGGCAUUUCAAGUAGCUGAAAAAUUAAGGAUUCCCCAUCGUUUCAAUAGGGACAUCGAGACUGCGGGCGAAGACUGGUAUCGUGGAUUCUUGAAAAGGAACCCCCGAGUUACCUUAAAAAGAGUCGAUCACUUAUCGGAAAAAAAUCGAGAAUUAAACGAGAAUAGGGUGUAUCAAUUUUUUGACUUAUUAGAAGGCACGAUUAACAAAUACGAUCUCAAAGCCAGCGACGUGUACAACGUCGAUGAAACCGUUAUAACUUGUCUACCAAAAUACGAUUCUAAUAUCGAGAGCAUUGAAUUAGAAGAGUUUGCAUCGGCUGAGCAAAACAAAUUGGUUACCGCUGUAAUUUGUCUUUGCGCCAAUGGCGAUCACCUGCCGCUCUUACUGAUCUUUCCCUGCCUUAACAAGUGCAAAACCUUAGUUAAAGGCGCACCGCCCGGAGCAUGGGCCGAAUUCCAUCCUACGGGCCAAAUGCAUCUGAGCAUAUUCAUAAAAUGGUUAAAAAAAUUUAUUCACUUUUCCAAGGCCACCAGAGACUCUCCCGUGCUACUCAUACUGGAUGGAUAUAGAUCGUAUCUCAAGGAUUUACAAGUACUUGAAAUAAUUCAAGAAAAUGGCGUUAAUGUGAUGUGCGUACCCUCGCAAUUUGGUGAUAAAUUGCAGCCAAUUCGGUUGAAUUUUAUGACCUGCUUAAGUAAAACUUAUUCCUCGGAACUUAUGAAAUGGAUUCGUUCGAAUCCCAAUUGUAUCGUAUCUAUGAAUGAAAUAUAUCAACAUUUUGGUAAUGCAUUUUUAAAAGUUUUAAAAAUUGCCACUCCCGCAAGCUGUUUUCGUGAUACUGGCAUUUGGCCCGUAGAUAGAAAUUUGUUGAACAAAGAUGUUGACCGAUCAGCGAAAACUGAAAGCCCGACUAAAGAAAAGAGUAAGUCAUAACUUAGAUUGAAUUUACAUUGGCUUUAAAUUUCACUCUUACAC